UUCGUGAGCAGUACCGUCGUGACCGUUCAGUCGAGCAGAAGCUGGCGGCCAUCUUUCUGCUGGCUAGUGCCGAAGUGUGUUGAGAAGCGAAGUGUAUUAAAGUGUCAUUACAGGCUUCCCCGCAAUUUUUCCCCGGUUUUCCCGGGAAGGAAAGUUCAGAGUGAAUCAAGAAAACCAACUGCCUGACAGAAUCAAGGCAGUGGCCGUAUUGUGGUGUCGUGUGGCAUAUGACAGCUUGACAGCUUGUGUGUGUGUGUGGUUGUGGGUAUUAGUGUGUGUUUGCCUAUUUGGAAUCAGUGUGUGAAAUCAAAUCGUGCACAAGAGUUAAGUUAGUAGAUACUGUGGUGAAGACGCGUCGUUGGCGUCGACCGACCCCUGUUUUGACAUCUGGCUUGACGUAGCGAAUGGUGCCGCAAAACGAACGUGCGCAAUCAAUAGGAACGGGUGCCACAUCAUUUUCCAGUCGACACCACUCCGGACCGUUCGAAUCUAAGGCAAAACCAUUCGAACUCUGUUAAAAAGCGGUGAAUCAAGGCGAAACAAGUGUUCGGGAGUGCGGUGCUAACUAGAACGACGGUGGUGCCCUGAACCCUUGAUGCGAAGGGAUGCAGUAAUGAAGUGCAUACUCGCCGGAAGCAGCAUUAGCAGCGACGCCGGCAAUGAUGCUGAAGCGAGCAGUUGACAUGCAGCAAGUGCAACGAAGUGAAAGAAGGCAUUCAAUCGUUCAGCGAUCGGUUCGAAGUUGUCAGAAGUUCUAGUGGUGCUGGCGAUGUUAGUGGUGUAAAGAAGGGGGUUUACAGUAAGGAAGUAACGUGCUCUGUAUGCAUCGGGUAGUAAAACGGUACCGAGUGAAGCUUUUCUUUUUCGCAGUGGUAAGGUGUUGCAAAUUGAAAUACCGGAAAAGAAAUUAAUUCAGUGCUGAUUGGUGGAAAACGGCGAACGGCCAGUGAGCAGGGUGGCAGAGUAGACAUCGGUGGAUACAAUGGUGGAACUCGUUGGAGCAAUGUCGACGGCGGUGGCGACUCGAGUGGCGUUGAUGCUGCUGCUGGCAGCAAGGAUGGCGUUGUGCGUGCCAACACACUUCAUGGAUGUGGAGCAACACUUUCGAAACAGCAUCGAUCUGGACGCGGAACAGACGGAAGCCCGGUACGAUCAGGAGAUGCUCUCCGACAUCAUUAACGAUAACGAUCGCGGUGAGCUGCAGAAGGCGGAAUCGUGCCUGGUCGACGAUUACAAGUAUGACCACGGACAGAAGAUACAACGACUCGAUCCGUGUGAAAUUUGUCUCUGCAUCGAUGGUGAAAUAUUCUGCUGGUGGAAACAGUGCGAUUCUAUAGCGAAAACGAUCGACGAAUCGGAAUCCCAAAUCGGAUCUUCGCAGCAACUAUCAAAGCAAGAUCAACCCUCCUCGGAAUUGAUCUCCGAAUCGUCAACUGCCAUCAGCACAGCUAACGCUAUGGGCCUACCCACAACAAAAACGCAAGCAUCCUUCCACCUAUCAUCCAUGGAAGCUAACGAUGGUAGCAAUGGUGCCACACGGCUCACCCUCUCCGAUACACUAACCGACGGUGGAACGACGGUUGUCAGUAGUACGUUACCGAUCUCGACACCUUCAUCGCGGGCGCAAAAUACCGAGCAUGGCUCAUCGGAGGUCGUAACUCACCAUGCAUCGGUACAUACGGCGGAUGCGCUCGAUGGAAUACCGAAGAACAUCUUAAGCUUCCCACAGACGCCCCCAAUAAUGAUGUACCGCCCAGUAUCAACGGGACCCGCGACGAGUUCUCCAGCUCGGGACGCAAAAUACGGGGAUGUUAAAAGAAAGGCAAAGCUUAGCUCGCUGGCAGGUGUUCGAAAAACGAAGGGAGCGACACUCGCGCACAAGAAGCUGAAGGAGCAUAAAAAGAACCAACAAAAGGCAAUGCCGGACGGGGGAUAUGCGUUCGGUUACGAUCGAAAACCUACAGUAGCGAUUGCGAGCGAUGCACUGCCGAGGAUUUCCCCGUUGGAUUCGAGCAGGGAAGCUGCCAAGCCACAGGAUCAAUCGCGCGAAGAAACUAAUAGAAAUGAUGGUCAAAGCAGUAAGAUCUCGCAAGAUCAGGCACAAAAGUCUGCCCUGGAACAGCAGCAACAGUUUGGAGGGUAUGGGUACGGCAUGAUACACGAACCCGAGUCCGACCAUCGACAAGCGACGGCUGCGAUGCGGAACAAGGAUCGAGACGUUCCCCAGCACUACAUCAUCACCUCGUCCGGGCAUGUAGAAAUGUUUGACGACAGUGGAGCGAUGGGUGGUCCUGAAGUUGGUACCGAAAAUCAGGAACUACACGUCCCCGAGGCGGAUGGGUACGAGAAGCAACCGUACCGGGAUGUGCUUAGCUUCGAUGGGCGAGUGUCUUCCCGUGUAGCGCAAGAUCAGCCCUCGAUCGGAUCGAACGGUGAGGACUCGGAAGAUGUGGAUAGUGAUGAGGACGAUACGGAAGAGGAUACGGGUGAGCAGCGAACGGAUGGGGACACCGGUGCGAUUGCUCCAGCGAUCAUGCUUACAACGAACGUUACCCAGGGCAAAUAUAGUCUCGGCGAGGGAAGCCAGCUUCCCGCGACGCAGUUACCCGCGUCACCGGCGUCAGUGAUUGACAUACUGAACUCUACCGCGCUCGGAGAGACGGAUUACGUCGAUGGGACGAAUCAUUCGGAGCUGAUCUACCCGGAGGUCCCGUCGAUCAGUAGUAGCGGUAUUAGCAGUAGUGUUAGCAGUAGCACAACUACCAAAUCGCCCACCAUACAGGAGCAAAGCGAACAGCACUGUGUCGUGAUGGGAGUGACAUAUCCGGUAGGAGCAGUGCUUAAACAGGAAACUGGAAACUGUUUGCAGUGUGUAUGUGUGGCCGGUCCGGAGAAUGAUCCUGCCCCCAGGGUAACGUGUACUCCACUCAACUGUCCUCCCCUGAUACUGCCAGAUAUUCUGGACGGGGCAGGAUUCUAAGCUUCGACACUCAAGGAAAAGGAUGAAAUGAAUACUUCUAAUGGGACGAACAUUGAGGCUCGCUCGCCCGUCUGGCAAUUCAUCCAACAUCCUCUGGUCCAACGGCAAGAACCACCGUUCUCACGCCACAUGAAUGAGCUACUGGGACAGACAACAAAAAAUGGCAGGUUGGCAACAGAACAGCAAACCAUCCUCAUCAACACACCCAAAUGCACACUACUACUAACAAUUGCAGUCGACAACAACAAAAACAAAACAAACAGGGGAUACUUACAUACAUAGUGGAUCAAACUAUUUAGCGUAGAUGGAGGGAAAUGAAAACUCGAAACAAACAAUAAGCCGGUGGGGCGAAGGCAAAAAAACAAUGUCGAGAACAGGGAAGAAAAAAAGAAACACAGAGACAGAAAUCUAAAACAGAAAAGGAUCAAAAACAAGCUGGUAGGCUGGAUUAUAUCAAACAAGGGUAGCGUAGAACCAUACUGAGCGCUAGCACUAGUGAUACUAUUAGACGAAACAAGGUGCAGUUUAGUGUAGCGAGAAUGGUGUGUUACGUUAGGGUUAUUCCCCCUUCCCCUUUUUUCUGCUCUCAAUCUUCGUGUCCUGUAAUGAACAGUUCUCGAUUAGCAGAUGCAUAGAAACACGGUCAGGAGUUUUCGAUGUGAAUAUGUAGGCAUGGGAAUAGUCAACCACUCGGAACCGUGCUCGCCACAACUCAAUGUCGAGGCGUAUGGUCGAUGUGUAUUUAGAUAAGUCCUGGAAGACAGUUUAACGGGCGUUUGAUUUAGUGUAAACAUUUAUAGCUUGAUUUCGUUUAGUAAGUUUGAAAUUAUAUUCUACAAAACAUUACAUCAUCAAAAAAUUCACUCAGAAAAGAAUGGCCCUGCCAGAAAUCUGGUAGAAUGCAGAGCCGGAUAAAGGUCUAUUAAAAUAAGAUUACCAGCACUAAAGCCCUGCUCAAAUCUCUUCACUCCCAUUGCCGUCGGCUGGCUGGCCGGUGGCUGUGUGUGUUCUGGUGGAUUAAGCGUCUGGAAGCGUUGGAAUGAAACCAUUUUCCUUUUCAUUCUGUUGGUCAGCUUUCAAUUCGGUCACGUACGGUUUGUUUGGGCAGGGCCGCAGCAUGGCGGUUGCAAUGCCGGAAAAUUACGAUUACGAUUGGAACAAAAGCAUCAGGAUGUAGGUAUUGGACGCGGAAAACGCUGUUUGGCGAUAGUCGUUUUUGGGGGGAUUUUUGGGAAGCUUUUGUUCCAAAUUUGAAGUUUAAAAGAAAUACUCCAUUUCCAAAAAACGAGUCGUAGUCUUCCAACGCAUUCGUUAGGAUAUUUUUUUAAUUAGAAUCACGCAAAAAAUACAUUUUUUUUAUUUUUAAUCAGUUCACAAUUGCAUCGCAACAUCAACAUAUCCUUCGACCCGUACUUCAGCAAGGGGCAAGCAUGCGUACGACUUGAUUGUGUUCAACUCCCAAUUAUAAUCUUACCGAACCACAAUAUGAGCUACAUUUAGCGAGGUAAGCAGUGUGAAAACAGGCAGACGGCUCUAUUGAAUCACACAGUUGAUGUAAAACAUGUAUAACUACGGACCUAUACUCUUUAUAAUCCUACCACGUACUAUACACAUACCCUAGAAUAGUAACAAGGUAUGGUCAAGGGCACCAGGGCUAAGGACAAUAACGGGUGAGCCGGGAGAGUUCUUAGCAAAGCAGCAACCCAUCUAAACAGCAGCAAGGUCGGCUUUUGGCGACGGAGGCAACAGCUACGAAUUACGUUAAUACUCACUUGUCAACUUGAUUAAGCCGAACCCGACCGAAUCCUACACACAAAACAGUCUUUAAGAGCGUUCAGGUAUUCAUUGUGUGUAUUGCCAUUCGCGAAUCAAUCGGGCUUGCUUUCCGGUUUACACGUUGGGCAAAACUUCAACGGAAGCGUAGAGCAGAGUUAAAGUUCUUCGCAGUACGCAAGCGUUCGAUUAGACGUUCUAGCGCGUUCGAGUUAAAUCACUCGUGUUAGUAGUAAAAUUUUCUUGCAAUUUAGAGCAACCUUUUCCCUUCGAGCAAUGUAAUGGACUCGGACGGGAAGUGGAACCGAAAGCUAGCUGGCAACGGAAGCAACACAAAUGGCGCAACCCCCAGCUAUGUUGCUAACGAAUGAUGGACUAUUUAUCCGAUGGCAGGUAGCCAGCUGGGUGUGGAGAAGGGGGGGAGCAAAUGUACUCGAUAUAUUAUAUAUUAUAUAUACACACAUACAUACAAAACAUGCAUACAAUACAUACAAAACAGUACGAUGGUUAUGAUAUGGAACACUUAGCGGACUGGAUUGGAAGAAGAACAAAAAACAAGAACGGGAAUCCAAUACACUCUAGAUGGUAGUUUUUCGGUGAAUUGAUUGCAGCCGCCGAUUGCCCCAGCAUCAGAUGGGGCAGGACAUUCUGGAGUGGUGGGCGGGACAAGAACAAGUGAAAGUGUUAUGUUAUUUACGAAAAAUAAAUCGAAGAUUUCUGAGAAAAGUAA